UCCCGGUUUUAACCUAAUUGUGGGCGUUCGUCGGACUUCUUUUAUUCAAGACCGAUGAAAAUCUCUUUUUUCACAUUCCGUACAAUCCGAUACAAUUCUCCUUCAUUUGGCAUACAGCAAUCGUCCUUACUCUGCGAGGGUGUGAUUUUCCACAAUUUUAAAUACGUUUCUGCUAGUUAAAAACCUCGGCCCUUCCCGCUUCGCUGAUAUAUUAAUUCCUACUUAGUUUAUACAUGAAGUAUAAAUACACAAAAGCGUGAUGUCAAAUAAAUCGUCGCUGUCAACAUGGUCGACCACCUUGGCAAGCAACUGCAACCAACCCUUCCCCGUUUCUCAUUGGCCAUUUGCAGUAGUGGAACCCCGCAAACCAAACCAAACCAAACUGAAAAGGUUGAUCUAAUUACUUUGUAAGAUUGUCGUCUCGGCAUCCCGCCGCCGCCGCCGCUUGAACCACGCUUGAACUGUGGGGACAGCCGAGCCCAAAGAAAGUAAGUCGCUGACGGACCUUUCUCCCCGGAUUUACCGGAAAGUUUGCAACUUUGUCCGUCAGCGAACAUAAUUCGAAUCGCAGCAGGCAGAAGGCGCGCGUGCCAUAAAUUUCGUCGCCCACCACCUCCGAGUGCAGUUUGUGGAUCCCGCAGAAUCGACGUAGGCGCUGGCAACAACAACUGUCACCGCGCAUUCGAACGUGUAAUGGACGACAACUGCUCGACGGCUGCGACCGGGACCGAAGAGCGGAACGAUCCGCCCCCACCGGAGGUCCACCCGAACGCUCCGGAUCCGGAGAACCAGCUGCUGCACAUGGUUCGAAACUGCCUCGAGGGUGACCACUAUCUGCGGAAGGUGCGCUGUGAAAUGAGGCGCAAAGUGCUGGAGUCUAUCCAGGGAACCGAUGCCUCGGCACCCGCCUCAUCACCAUCCGCCGCACCACCACCGGCAAUUCAACUGAUCAAUCAACUGAUUCUGGAAUACUUCGACUGGUACAAUUUGCAGUACAGUGCCGAAAUGUUCUCGGUCGAAUCGGAAACACCUCGGCUGGCCGGCAAGAGCCGCCGUCAGCGGCUGCUGUCCUCACUGCUGCCCGUCCUGGAGGAACCGCUUCAGUUUCAACCGGAUCUACCCGUCCUGGCCGAGCUGAUCAUGAAGCUGAUGGCGGUGGAUGAGCAGAAGGCGACGCAUUAGUUUAGUGCUCUUCGGGGUAAUGUUUACAAACACGUGUCGUCACGAUGGUCUGCACCGCGGCCCGGUUCCAUCAACGCUGUGUCGCCAGGUUCUUUGCUGUCGGACGGAUUUAGUGUCUUUGUACUUGUGUGCGUUUGUGUGAGAUAGAAAGAUCCCUGAAUAAACGAACGGGGAGUAAACAUAGUUUUGUAACGAUCAAUAAAAUUAAUGAAGCGAUGCUCCACUAGCGCUGUGUGAUGUGGUAACGGUUUCCACGGAGUUCCACGGAGGAGGUGAAGCCAAGCGGAAGCGGUCGCGUGGUGCCAGUUUGGAAAGCAGUUCAUUUUAUUUGUAGUGCCCGGGCUGGUGUUUGCGCCGUUGUUUGGCUCGUUACUCUAGUUCUUACAUUGUAGUUGGUGACUUAAUGGAUUUCUGUUGGUAAUAAAAUUAAUUUCUUUCUCAGCUACGUUUGCGAUCGGGCAUUUGUUUUUCUUUUUUCAUUUGUUUUCUUAUUUUACCAGAAUGACAAGGUACGAGGCUAAAUAAAUGUAAUAAUAACGGAUCGUAUACAAAAUUGAAGAUACAAUUUUUUUUUGAUUGCACAUUAAAUUGCUUGACGUUUCGGCCGUUUUUGGUGGUCUUUUUCAGGAAGAACUGUAAUUCGUAAUUUCAAUGGUAGCUACAAACUAGAGCAGAUGGUGGUGAACUCAAUUCGUCCGUGUUCCUUAACAUCAAUUUUAUAUGGCGAUUUGUCAG